UGUGAGAUACUUGACUCGAGCUCGUCACCUGGGCCGGUCUAUAACACACGGAGAGGAGAGGAGAGGACGAGUCCCGGAGAGUUCAGAAAGUAUUUAACUCUGCACAGAAACCUUCCAGACUCUUCAGGUUCAGGGUUUUAGUUUCAGCGCUGAGAUGUCGACCCCAGGAGGCUCCCAUGCCUGUGACGGGAUGUACUCCAAGCUGGUAGACGAUGAAGCCUCAUACGACGAGUUAAACCGCAGGCCAGAUGUUGAACCAAGGGCUCCAUCUUACCCAGGCCCCCAAUUAAGGAUGAUGUCCUUUCCGAGUGGCCCCGGGCCCUACCGCCUUGCCACCAUCUGCCUGGCUACGUUGUGUGCCAUCCUGCUGAUCUCCAUCAUAGCCGUCACUGCAAACUAUAAGAACAAACCUCAGGGCGGAGGUGAGGAGACCUCGGCGGCACAGAAGCAGUCCCAAUCUGCGAACGUGUCGGCUCUGACCGCCUCUAUUAACAAACUGCAGCAGGAGAAAGAUCAGCUGCAGAAAGAGAAGGACGAGCUGCAGGCCAAACUGGCGGCUAAGAUGAUCACUAAAGCUCCUGAAGUGGUCAAACCGACGGUGAAAGCCACACUGCCUCCCAUCACCUGCCCACCGGACUGGCAUCUCUUCAACAGCAGCUGCUACUUCAUCUCCAGGAACACCAAGAGUUGGCCAGAGAGCAAGUCGUACUGUGAAAGUCAAGGCGCUUACCUGGCUAUCAUCCACACAGCCGAAGAGCAGACAUUUGUGUGGAAUCUUCUAACCAGGGGCCACUGGAGGGCCUACUGGUUUGGAAUCACUGACGGGGACACCGAGGAUCAUUGGAAAUGGGUGGAUGGAACCCCGCUGGUUGGAGGUUUUUGGGAGGAUGGCGAGCCCAACAAUCACAUCAACGAGGACUGCGGCUACAUCGUGAAAACCCAGGUGAUGGAGCGAGUGGCGAUCCGGAGCUGGUACGACGCCCCCUGCACUAUGUUCUGGCCCUUUAUCUGUGAGAAAGAGAUGGGUCCUGGAGCCAGCACUGCCAUUCCACACUGAGACGUCCACACAACUCUGAACACCUGAGAAGAGACGGAGAAGGAAGUUAACUGAUGCAUAAUUAACUUAACAAACUGGGCUUUUAAUACUUUCAUUUUCCUGGGCUGUGGGAUUGAGACUGCUGAGGCUUUAUUUGUGUAAUUCUAACAAAAACGGCAGAAAAGAAACAAGCAAGGCUUUAAAAUAGGCUAAAAUAUGUGUUUAAACAGGGUCUCCUCUUUGGUUUGAAGGGGUUUAUUUAGUAUUAAUACAAACAUUUCCACAUGAUUUGUAAUCUUACUUUAUAUCCUAUGAAAAACGUCCAGUUUUCAUCGAAUUGUGUAGCUUUGUCCACAGGGGGGCGCCAACAUCAACACAAACACAAGCAUACAACAUUAAAGCUCCUGUGAGGAGUUUUUAGCUGGUUAUGAAACAGACUGAAUGAAUACUGAUGUCAUUUUGUGACCUACAAAAGCAAACAAGACACAAACAAGAAGAUUGGCUGUCUCUGUAGAGUUGACCGGUGGGGGGUAGGUGUCAGACCAGGGGAUUAAACUGCAGGCUGUAAGGAUUCUUGAUAUGGUCUUUGAUAAGAUCUUUGGUGAAGAAACACAUGUUCAGGAAAAAAGACAGUUUUGUCCUCAGGGGGGCGCCAAAAUGGACACAAACAAAAGUUCCUUACAGGAGCUUUAACUUUUAAACGUUGAAAACGAAUCACCAUCUGUGCCUUAAGGUGCAUUUCAACCAAGAGUUCCUGGGUCUUUUAGCCCACAGAUCUACUAUCACCAUCUGUGCCUUAAGGUGCAUUUCAACCAAGAGUUCCUGGGUCUUUUAGCCCCCAGAACUACUAUCACCAUCUGUGCCUUAAGGUGCAUUUCAACCAAGAGUUCCUGGGUCUUUUAGCCCCCAGAACUACUAUCACCAUCUGUGCCUUAAGGUGCAUUUCAACCAAGAGUUCCUGGGUCUUUUAGCCCCCAGAACUACUAUCACCAUCUGUGCCUUAAGGUGCAUUUCAACUAAGAGUUCCUGGGUCUUUUAGCCCCCAGAACUACUAUCACCACUUGUGCCUUAAGGUGCAUUUCAACCAAGAGUUCCUGGGUCUUUUAGCCCCCAGAAUUACUAUCACCAUCUGUGCCUUAAGGUGCAUUUCAACCAAGAGUUCCAGGGUCUUUUAGCCCCCAGAACUACUAUCACCAUCUGUGCCUUAAGGUGCAUUUCAACCAAGAGUUCCUGGGUCUUUUAGCCCCCAGAACUACUAUCACCAUCUGUGCCUUAAGGUGCAUUUCAACCAAGAGUUCCAGGGUCUUUUAGCCCCCAGAAUUACUAUCACCAUCUGUGCCUUAAGGUGCAUUUCAACCAAGAGUUCCUGGGUCUUUUAGCCCCCAGAAUUACUAUCACCAUCUGUGCCUUAAGGUGCAUUUCAACCAAGAGUUCCUGGGUCUUUUAGCCCCCAGAAUUACUAUCACCAUCUGUGCCUUAAGGUGCAUUUCAACCAAGAGUUCCUGGGUCUUUUAGCCCCCAGAAUUACUAUCACCAUCUGUGCCUUAAGGUGCAUUCCCACCAAGAGUUCCUGGGUCUUUUAGCCCCCAGAACUACGAUCACCAUCUGUGCCUUAAGGUGCAUUUCAACCAAGAGUUCCAGGGUCUUUUAGCCCCCAGAACUACUAUCACCAUCUGUGCCUUAAGGUGCAUUACCACCAAGAGUUCCUGGGUCUUUUAGCCUCCAGAACUACUAUCACCAUCUGUGCCUUAAGGUGCAUUUCAACCAAGAGUUCCAGGGUCUUUUAGCCCCCAGAAUUACUAUCACCAUCUGUACCUUAAGGUGCAUUUCAACCAAGAGUUCGUGGGUCUUUUAGCCCCCAGAACUACUAUCACCAUCUGUGCCUUAAGGUGCAUUUCAACCAAGAGUUCCUGGGUCUUUUAGCCCCCAGAACUACUAUCACCAUCUGUGCCUUAAGGUGCAUUUCAACCAAGAGUUCCUGGGUCUUUUAGCCCCCAGAAUUACUAUCACCAUCUGUGCCUUAAGGUGCAUUUCCACCAAGAGUUCCUGGGUCUUUUAGCCCCCAGAACUACUAUCACCAUCUGUGCCUUAAGGUGCAUUUCAACCAAGAGUUCCUGGGUCUUUUAGCCCCCAGAACUACUAUGACCAUCUGUGCCUUAAGGUGCAUUUCCACCAAGAGUUCCUGGGUAUUUUAGCCCCCAGAACUAUCACCAUCUGUGCCUUAAGGUGCAUUUCAACCAAGAGUUCCUGGGUCUUUUAGCCCCCAGAACUACUAUCACCAUCCGUGCCUUAAGGUGCAUUUCAACCAAGAGUUCCUGGGUCUUUUAGCCCCCAGAAUUACUAUCACCAUCUGUGCCUUAAGGUGCAUUCCCACCAAGAGUUCCUGGGUCUUUUAGCCCCCAGAACUACUAUCACCAUCUGUGCCUUAAGGUGCAUUUCAACCAAGAGUUCCUGGGUCUUUUAGCCCCCAGAACUACUAUCACCAUCUGUGCCUUAAGGUGCAUUUCAACCAAGAGUUCCAGGGUCUUUUAGCCUCCAGAACUACUAUCACCAUCUGUGCCUUAAGGUGCAUUUCAACCAAGAGUUCCUGGGUCUUUUAGCCUCCAGAACUACUAUCACCAUCUGUGCCUUAAGGUGCAUUCCCACCAAGAGUUCCUGGGUCUUUUAGCCCCCAGAAUUAUUAUCACCAUCUGUGCCUUAAGGUGCAUUUCAACCAAGAGUUCCUGGGUAUUUUAGCGCCCAGAACUACUAUCACCAUCUGUGCCUUAAGGUGCAUUUCAACCAAGAGUUCCUGGGUCUUUUAGCCCCCAGAAUUACUAUCACCAUCUGUGCCUUAAGGUGCAUUUCAACCAAGAGUUCCUGGGUCUUUUAGCCCCCAGAACUACUAUCACCAUCUGUGCCUUAAGGUGCAUUCCCACCAAGAGGUCCUGGGUCUUUUAGCCCCCAGAACUACUAUCACCAUCUGUGCCUUAAGGUGCAUUCCCACCAAGAGUUCCUGGGUCUUUUAGCCCCCAGAACUACUAUCACCAUCCGUGCCUUAAGGUGCAUUUCAACCAAGAGUUCCUGGGUCUUUUAGCCCCCAGAACUCCUAUCACCAUCCGUGCCUUAAGGUGCAUUUCAACCAAGAGUUCCUGGGUCUUUUAGCCCCCAGAACUACUAUCACCAUCUGUGCCUUAAGGUGCAUUCCCACCAAGAGUUCCUGGGUCUUUUAGCCCCCAGAACUAUUAUCACCAUCCGUGCCUUAAGGUGCAUUUCAACCAAGAGUUCCUGGGUCUUUUAGCCCCCAGAACUACUAUCACCAUCCGUGCCUUAAGGUGCAUUUCAACCAAGAGUUCCAGGGUCUUUUAGCCCCCAGAACUACUUUCUACUAAAAGGUUCCUGUGCCCCCGUUGUUGUCUGCGUUUCGACCGCGGGCUGAAGUCCCGGGUAGGUUGUGCAAAUCAGGCCAGUGACAUAUGUUGAGUAUGCCUUCCCAGGAACUCCCUCUGUGCUUCAACAACUGUGUUAACUCCACAAACACUGUUACGUUCAACCGAAAGUCCCAGGACCUUCGAAAAGUACUACCCCCCAAGGAGGGGCUAAAGUCCCUGCUGUUGAAAAACGCCUUGAUAAGACAUUAAAGCUCCUGAGAAGAACUUUUGUUUAUGUUGAUGUUGGCGCCCCCUGUGGACAGAGAGGUGUGACACCUACCCCCUCGUAGAGGUUUCAGACAUCAAAAAUAAACAUAUAGAAAUAAUCAAUCUUCCUGCUGAUGGUCUGGUUUUCUUUUGUAGGUCAUUAAGAGGCGUCAAUUUUAGUUUCACAGGAGCUUUAAUAAUUUUCAUAAUCUUUCUUUAUUCAGUUUUUGAAUGUAAAAAUCAGGGAAACGAAAUAACUACAAUCAUUUUUUCAUUGAUUUUUAAAGUGUAAAUAAUUUUAACCUCUUACAAAGCAGAUUUACACGACCUGUAUAUAAAGCAUGUAAUAAUGUUCAUGUGUGUGGUUGUAAUGGUGUCUUUUUUUAAGUUACUCAAAUUAUUGAUGUAUUUUUUAUUUUACAUAAAUCAAAUGUGACCUGUUGAUCUUGUAAAUAAAUAAUUAAGAUGGUAAUUUCUCAA